UCUCAAUUUACAUCCACACGCCAUGAUUGAAGUCUCGUUAACUGUGGCCAAAUUGGACGCGUCACUUGCGCUUCUCCUCACCGACGACCACCACCUCAUAGAGUUCCCUACUAUCCUUCUUCCUAACGGGGUUGUCGCCGGCUCGAUCGUCAAGAUCAACGUGAACCGCGAUCUCGAGCUCGAAGCCACAGAAGCUGCUGAGUUUAGCCGGAUUCAGGACGAGAUCUUGAUGACCUUUGGGUCCAAUGAACCGCAGGCGCCGGUGUUGCGGGUCAAAAACAUCACGCAAACCUCCACGGUGCUCGAGUGGGAGUCGUUGGACUUGGGCUCCGCGUCUAUCAAGUCCUUGACAUUAUUCAAGGACGGAAUCCGUUUGGGCAACAUCCCAAGUCCGUUGGUAACCACCACCACCAAAUUGUCCGGCUUGAGCAUUGAGCAGACCUACAAGUUCCAGUUGAGAAUGGACACCACUUCAGGGAUAUACAUGUCUGAGCCAGUGGAGUUAACCAUGCACAAGAUGACGGACUUGUCAGGUAUCACUGUCUGUGUGGGCGACCUCGCGCCAGAGGAUGGCAUCACCAGAAAGGACAUUGAGGAGGUAUUGGCCAAGAUGGGCGCGAAACCGGUGCAGGACAACGUCAAGGUCGACACAACCCACUUCGUGUGCACGGUGGGCAAGGGCAAGCAAUGGCAGAGGGCCAAUGACGGCAACAUUCCAAUUGUCAGACCGGAAUGGUUGAAGGCGUGCGAGUUGGAGAGAAGGCUCGUCGGGGUCAGAGGCUUCUAUCUCGAUGCGGAUUUAGCUGCCAUUAAAGAGAGAUACGAAUGGAAGAAGGAAGUCCCUGGGAACACACAACGCAGCAGCCAGGAGGAGGAGGAGUUUGACAAUGCCUCGGUGGCUGCUAUAGCCUCCUCCAGAGACUUGUCAACCACCAAGCCGGAAGAAGAUUCGCCGCUCGGUGAGUCGACAAUGCACGAGGAUGCCGACGUUACGGUUGAUGAGACCAAUGGUGUAAACGGGAACGAUAAGAGUCUGCCGUUAGCCCCUGCAGAGGAGAGCAACGCAGAGCUUUCCCCGGUUCCCGAGUUGCCAGUGGAGGAAGCCAACGGUAAUACGCUUACGGAAGAGCCAACGCAAAGUGCCACUGACGAAACUGAAGCAGGCGAAGAGACUUCCGAGCCAGUUGAAAAAUCCGUUGAUUCAGAGUCAUCCCAACCGGAUAAAGGGCCGCACGAUUUAGAACUGGUUUCCUUGACAUCAGAGCCAGUUGAGAUGCCAGCUGUUUUAGCCGCCGAGUCCGUGGAAGAAAAGCUUGAAUCUGUGUCGCUUGAGACCCCAGAACAAGACUUGAGCACUGAGGUUGACACUUCCGUUAUCCAAGAAGCGGCUAAAGACGAGGUGAACGAAACGGAGGAUGUUGAUGGGGAAGAUACCGAUGCCACUCCUACACCAGAGCAAACCAACACCUCUGCAAAGAAGAAGAAGAAGAAUAAGAAGGGUAAGAAGUAGGGCUAUUAGAUUCUCUCAGCCCGUUUGUUAUAUUAUUGAUUUCUGUGUGUAUGUAAUUACAAUAAGCUAAUGCAGCUUCAGCGUAGGCUAUCUCGCCCUGGCGUUGCUUCCUGACUACGGUGCUUACACCCGUUAACAAUAAUAUGAAUUGAAGUAAGCU